ACAGAUGACUCUGGUGUCCCUGCAGGUUCAUGAUUGGCCGGGAGCGGCCUGGGGAACAGAGCGAAGUGGCCCAGCUAAUUCAGCAGACCUUGGAGCAGGAGAGAUGGCAGCGGGAGAUGAUGGAGCAGAGAUACGCCCAGUAUGGAGAGGAGGAUGAGGAGACAGGAGAGUACGCCACUGAUGAAGAUGAAGAACUGAGCCCCACGUUCCCAGGGGGUGAGAUGGCCAUCGAGGUGUUCGAACUAGCAGAGAAUGAGGAUGCACUGUCCCCUGUGGAGAUGGAGCCAGAGAAGCUGGUGCACAAGUUCAAGGAGCUCCAGAUCAAGCAUGCUGUCACUGAAGCGGAAAUCCAGCAGCUGAAGCGGAAGUUGCAGAGUCUGGAGCAGGAGAAAGGGCGCUGGCGGGUGGAGAAGGCCCAGCUGGAGCAGAGUGUGGAGGAGAACAAGGAGCGGAUGGAGAAGUUGGAGGGCUACUGGGGUGAGGCCCAGAGCCUGUGCCAGGCCGUGGACGAGCACCUGCGGGAGACUCAGGCUCAGUAUCAGGCCCUGGAGCGCAAGUACAGCAAGGCCAAACGUCUCAUCAAGGACUACCAGCAAAAGGAGAUCGAGUCCUGAAAAAAGAGACUGCCCAGCGUCGGGUACUGGAAGAGUCGGAGCUGGCUAGGAAGGAGGAAAUGGACAAGCUUCUGGACAAGAUCUCAGAACUGGAAGGAAACCUGCAAACACUGAGGAAUUCCAAUUCUACUUAACCGGAGUCACUCCUUGGACUGGACAAUAAUAAUCCCCUCCCAUUAUCCUCACCCCCCCUGUCCUCAAUCCCCACCCUUCCCUUACCAGCCUGGGGACAGGUGCCCCGACUUCCCACACUCCUCCACCCCACCUCCCCCAGCUUCAGGGACCAGAGGGCCCAUACACAGGCCCCUUUAGGGUGGCCCGGGCAGACAAUGGUGGCUGGAAGAGUGGCCUCCUUGUUCUAUGGGGCUGAGGUACAGAGGCCCAGUGAGAGAAGCUGACCUGGGUGGUGGAUGGACACAAGGACCUGCAGACCAAACUGCCAGACUUUACAACCUCCAGCCUGUGUCUCUGGACCGGAGUGGAGCUGGGCUGUCCCAGCAUCUCACCACUUGGAGGCUGCUCCCUGCCCACCGGGUCCAUGUGGCCCCUGGGCCUCUUGACUUGAGAUUCUACUUUCUUGCCCUUUCCUCUUCCCUACCAUUGUGCUGUCUGUUGCAUUCUGGCCUCCUGCUUGGAGGGGUUGCCUCAACAUCUCCCACCCCUGCUCCCCAUCCCAGGAGGGAUAGAGCCCACCCUUGAGCCAGAGGCUGGGCCUGGUCCUGCACUGAUUUCUCAUGUAUCCUUGGUGGGGUGCGGGGAGAGCCGGAGUGGGGAAGAGGAUGAGUCCGAAACACCUGGAAUCCGGCCCCCCUUUCCUAGGAAGGGCAACGGCCCUCAACUUCUCCUUGUGCCUCCCCUCUCCCAGGUGCCAAAUAGCCAUAGCCUCCUCCUCGAACUGUCCUGAGGCCACUCUGGGGUUCAGGGUUCCUUGGUCUAGCCUAGGAAUGCCAGGAGGGAGGGAGGUCAGCUUAGGUGGUGUGCCUGCAGAGCUCUCCCUGGGAGCUAGGCCCAGCCCAGGGCCACACCUGGAAGCCUUGUUUACCAUCAAAGAAACUCAGCCUCCCCUCCUCUCCUCCCCCACUGUUUUCCAAUGUUUUCACUGGAGGGCAAAAUUUUACUAAUCUUUUUGGAGACCAGGGCUGCUUGCUGUCAGCCUGCUUUUCUAAGUGAAAUUGACUCAGUUUCCCACUUUAACCCCAAAUUGGGGCUUGGACCAAGGGAGGUGAGACCUACCCCCUCAGGUACCCUCCCCUUUCAAAAUCCAUCUCAUUUUGCCACUUCCACAACCCCUGCCCCAAGCCUAGGUUUCUGUUCGGUUUUUUUGUUUUUAAACAACCCUGUUCUGUCCUUUUUGGCUUCUCCUAGACCCCUGUAAAUAGACCAUACCAUCAAUCAGUAUUUCUUGCCCCUCUCCCGCCCCUAGACGUUCCCCGACUCCCCGGAAAGAGCUGGCUGUCACAGUGCCCGGCCCCUGCACUUCACCUAGGCAGAUGGAGGGGGCGGAGCCGGGUGGGCGGGUCCUCGAUGUACUUCCGGUUUUGAACCGGCAGCGCUCUUGCCCCGCCCUUGGAGGACCCCGUCUCUGUAUAUAAUAUAUAUAUGUAUGUAUUGUUCCUGGUUUUGUACGGACCAUGCCCUCUGUCAGUCGUCCCCAUAAAAGCAGCCCCCAGA